UUUUUUUUUUAUUGUUGUGUAAAAAAUUAUUUUUCAUAUUCUUUAGGAAAUCAGUUAAAAGUAAAUAAUUUUUUGCAGUGUUCAAAUUGUUCCGUCAAGUGAAAUAAAUAAGGUGCAGAAUGGACGACAGAGAACCGGAUUUAAAAUUUUGGACUGAAUUCACUUGCACCCACCCCUACUCACAAAAGAUGUGUAAUGGUUUCUCAAAAUUAUUCCGUUUCAUUUUCGAUAAUCAGUUGGACGCAGUGGGCACAUUUGACACACUCUUACUGUCUUCCUUUCUCCUAAUAUUCGUGGCGUUUUUGGUCGUAUCCAUGUUUACCAUAUUCGAGAAAGAUCAAAAGUCAUUGCAGCAAAUAAAAGACAAAGUCAGACAUUCAUCUAUAGUCAUUGCUCAGCUUGCAGCAACAUUAUGGGCUAUAAGAGAAACGAAAUUCAAGAGUAUCACCCCAGAGGGAUACAGACGAAUAAAGGAAAAUAAAGAUGCGAUAAUGGCUUUGAAAAAUCCUUCACCCCCCAUAGAGGUAAACAUCCCAAAAGAGCCAACUGAAAAACCUAAGGAUAUGAAGAAGAAAUCCAUUAGAGGAUUCAAACCCUUCAAAAGAGAAUUAUCACCAACUCAAGUGAAAAGUACACCGUAUCCCAUUUUAAAACGGCCAAAAUUUGUACAAAAUAAAAAGGCUAGUAGCCUCUCCAAUGUGCAAAGUAAACGAUCAAAAAAUUUGCGAACUGUAGCCAGCGCUGUGUCGCUCAAAAAUCGAGCAGACGUAAUAACACCACGAUCUAUAAGCGAAGGAGUCGAAACUAGAAUAAGUGGUGCGGCAAAAGUAACGAAAAAAACUUAGGACGUUUCAAGUUAUAUAAUUUCAAAUAACCGUACUGUUUGAUUUGAAGGCUUUUAGUAAAUGAAUAAAACGAAAUAAAAAUAAAUACAACGGUUUC